GCCGCACGCCUCGCGCGGACGUGCAUUCGAAAAAUGGCCGACAGCGGGGACGGUGUGAACAGCACGUCGUCCGGGAAAGAGCCGAGGGGCACGGUCACCGAUGGCCCGGUCACCGAUCCGGCGUCCAGCAUGAAGAGCCUAGAGGCAUCAAAUAAUGCCUUUCACGGCGCGAGAACGAAAUUAGACUCCAAGUCCGGGGCGUUGAAGAAGUCCAGCCGCUACCGCAGCCGCUCCUUGUCAGCCAGCAGCACCGACAGUUACAGUUCCGCCUCUUAUACAGGGAGCUCGUCCGACGAGGAUGACGUCUCGCCGCGCGAGAAGAUCCAGAAGACGGAGCGGGGCUUCACGGACUUCUGCGUGCGUAACAUCAACCAGCAGGCGUUCGGCCGCAGGGAGAUCGAGAUCGCCGAGCAGGAGAUGCCGGGGAUCAUGGCGCUGCGGAAACGCGCGGCGGACGACAAGCCGUUGAAAAACGCCAAGAUUGUGGGAUGCACGCACAUCAACGCGCAGACCGCCGUCCUGAUCGAGACGCUGGUGGAGCUGGGCGCGCAGGUGCGAUGGGCGGCCUGCAACAUUUAUUCCACGCAGAACGAGGUGGCCGCGGCGCUGGCGUACGCCGGCUACCCGGUGUUCGCGUGGCGCGGCGAGACCGAGGAGGAUUUCUGGUGGUGCAUCGAUAAGUGCGUGGCGGCCGAGAAUUGGCAGCCUAAUAUGAUACUGGACGACGGCGGUGACGCCACUCACUUGAUGCUCAAGAAAUACAACGCCAUGUUCAAAAUGAUCCAAGGAAUUGUCGAGGAGAGCGUGACGGGUGUACAUAGAUUAUAUCAGUUGUCGAAGGCGGGGAAACUGUCUGUUCCCGCGAUGAACGUGAAUGACAGCGUGACUAAAACGAAAUUCGAUAAUCUCUACAGCUGUCGCGAGAGCAUCAUCGACAGCUUGAAAAGGUCCACCGACAUCAUGUUCGGGGGGAAGCAAGUUGUAAUAUGCGGCUACGGAGAGGUCGGGAAGGGAUGCUGUCAGGCCCUCAAGGGCCUAGGCUGCAUCGUGUACAUAACCGAGAUCGACCCCAUAUGCGCCCUGCAGGCCAGCAUGGACGGCUUCAGAGUGAUGAAGCUCAAUGAAGUCAUUCGAAAUGUAGACAUUGUUAUUACAGCGACGGGCAAUAAAAAUGUGGUCACGCGCGAGCACAUGGACAAGAUGAAGAACGGAUGCGUCGUGUGCAACAUGGGCCAUAGCAACACGGAGAUAGACGUCAACAGUUUACGUACGCCCGAUUUGACUUGGGAGAAAGUCAGGUCGCAAGUGGACCACGUUAUCUGGCCGGACGGUAAGCGGAUCGUUUUGCUGGCGGAGGGCCGUUUGGUGAACCUGUCGUGCUCGAGUAUUCCAUCCUUCGUGGUGUCGAUCACCGCCGCCACGCAAGCGUUGGCUCUCAUCGAGCUGUUUAACGCGCCACCCGGGCGGUAUAAGAGCGACGUAUAUUUGCUGCCGAAGAAGAUGGAUGAAUAUGUCGCGUCGCUGCAUUUACCGACUUUCGACGCGCAUCUUACGGAAUUGACGGACGAGCAGGCAAAGUAUAUGGGCCUUAAUAAGGCGGGUCCGUUCAAGCCUAAUUACUAUCGCUACUAAAAAACCAUUGGACGAGUAAUGUGGCAUUGACUAGCACGUGCGACACUCACUCAGCAUUACACACCUUCACGAGUAUUGAAAAAAAAAAACAGAGAAAACCCAGCCACCCUUACCUUGACUUUGUGCUGAAGUUGGCUUUCUUUUUUCCCUCCUCACCGAUGUCUCUUCCAUAAAAUCGAUGAGAGACCUUUAUUUAUGGUUCAACCUUCGUAGAGAGAUCCGUGCUACGUGAUUCCGCUGUGUUACCGCUAAUCAUCCGUAAGGAAUGCGUUAAUAGUGUUACAUACUGAUCUAGCAGUCACCCAAUAAUCGAUAGAAACCACUAUCAGGGCUGGGCAAACUACAUUCGAGAAAACACAAGUUAUUUUGCACAACAUAUCACACGUGUUUCUUCUUUCUCUAACGCGUGUACCUUUGUCUAGUCCUGAGACUCGCAUAACUGAAUUUACACCUGAAUUAACUCUUGUAACAGUUUCCUUUUCGAGAAUGCGCGAGUGUAGAACCUGCAUUAGUCAAGCUAAGCAUAGAGGAGAGAGGACAGAAGGGAGAGAAUCUCUCUGAAAAAAUUGCCAGACUGUGCACGCCAGUAAACCCACACACGAAAAA